AUGCGCUCAGACCCAGUCCGCCGCGACGAUGCUUCGUCCUCGACCGCCUCGACCAACCCUGCCGCCCUCUUCGAUCUCCCCGCCGCACUCGCCGCCUUCACCUCCAAGCUCGGCACGGCCGGGUCCCUGUCGUGCGACGCCGGCGGCGGCGUCGCCAUCGACUCGCGCUCGGGCGGGUACAAAACCAACGGGAGCGGCAAGGACGGCACGCGGUACUGCGCCGACAGCGACGACGACAAGCCGACGUUCGUGUGGUGGCAGAGCAACAUGGACAUCGACUGCGACGGGUCGGACGGCAAGGGCGAGAUCUGCAACGGCGACGGCUCGUACCAGUCGAGCACGACGUUCCAAAACGACGAUGGAAAGCACAUCGACGCGCAGGCCAUCCAGUACGUCGUCAUCGACCAGGACGACGACUUUGACCCGGUCAAGUUCGGCAUCCAGCCGCUCUCGGUCGUCGCCGUCGUGUGCGGCGGCAAGCUCACCUUUGGCGUCUGGGCCGACACGAACGCGCUCGGCAGCAUGGGCGAGGCGUCGGUUUACCUCGCGCGCGUGUGUUUCGGGACGCAGAUGACGGGCAACUACGGCCAUGGCGAGCCCGACGUCACUUACGUCGCGUUCCCCGGGAGCAAGCAGGACACGGUGCCGAGCGGGGCGGGCAAGGACGAGGAGGUCAUGUUCGACAUGGGCAAGGCGCUGGUCGAGAAGGCGUUUGGCGGGACGGGCGAGGGCGAGGCUACACCCACCUCAAGCGGCAUCUUAGACUCGCUCUCCUCUCUCUCGACAGCCUCGACGCUCCUCGUCCUCGCCUGCACCGCCGUCGUCCUCGCGGCCGGCAUCGCCUGGUGGUGCUCCCGCCGCGCCGCACGCCGCGCCGCCGCCGCCGCCGCCGGUCCAGCGUCGACGAGGGGGCGCGAUCCGGACACGCAGAGUGGGAGCAGCGACAGCGAGUGGGACAGGAGCAGCAGCGAGGCCGGCGGGACCGACAGCGAGAGCGAGGACGAGAAGCGCGGCGAGAGGAGGAGGCUCCACGAGGAGGGCCGGCGACGGCGCAGGGAAAGGCGGUGGCGGUAG